GCGACCGGGCGACGUGUUAUCACUAGCUCGACGAUCGACUCGACUCGUGAGUGAGAUUGUGAAUUCUGAAAUUCUGUGCGGUGAUCUCGUGCUGUGUAGGCCUUAUUUUGGCUCGAUUAUGCCGUUGGUAAUUAUGUGUGGGUACCCGAGUAGCGGGAAGAGUAAACGAUCUAACCAGCUCCAGUCAUUUAUUGAAUCAUCUACUGACAAAAAAUGCCUUAUCAUUAACGACGACAGCUUUGGAACAGACAAAAACGAUGUCUAUGCAGAUUCCAAGAAAGAAAAAGAUGCCAGAGGAAAGCUCAAGUCAUCAACUCAAAGAUUGCUUUCUAAAGAUGAUCUUGUCAUUUUGGACUCCCUGAAUUACAUUAAAGGUUUCAGGUAUGAGCUGUACUGUGCUGUUAAAUCAUCUCAGACUCCUCAUUGUGUGAUUUUCUGUGAUACUCCUGUUGAGGUGGCGACAACGUGGAAUUCAGAAAGAGAGGAUCAGGAAAAAUAUACAAAGGAAAUAUUUGAUGGUUUGGUGAUGAGAUUUGAGGCUCCCGUCUCCAAGAAUAGAUGGGAUUCUCCUCUGUUCUCCAUAGCUCCUUCAGAUGAACUGCCAUGUCAGGAAAUAUACGAUGCCCUAUUCCUCAGGAAAGCUCCUCCACGUAACUUAUCGACAGUGUCUCAACCUCUGUCAGCAACUAAUUUUCUAUAUGAACUGGACAAGAGAACACAGGAAGCAGUGACGACUCUGAUGAGUGCACAGAAGACCAGCAUACCAGGGGAUGAUAUUUCAAUACCAGGAGCUAAGGACAAAGUUCAUCUAGCAAGAUCAAUCAACAAUGCCGAGCUACAGAGGAUAAGGAGGCAGUUCAUCACCUACACCAAGCUACAUGCAAUAGAAGAUAUCUCCAUGCUUGCAAACAUGUUUGUCCAGUACAUCAAUAACAGUAUUAAAUGACCAUGGGACAUCUGGACUGAACUGUACUCAUAUUUGCAAUAUAUUUAAAGGAAGUUUUUUAGAAGUGUGCUGAAUUUUUUCAACCAGGCUUCUUUAACUGUUUGAGGUAUAUGAGCUCCACUAUAUUCCUGUCAGUGAUCUGCUGGCAAAAGUGAUGUAACGAUGGUCCUGACAACACCAGCUUGGCCUGAAGAAGCCCUCAUUGGUUAACUAUAACCAGUACUUGUAUUUUCAGCCGAUGAUUAGGUUCCGACAAGUUCACCUCUAGGAUGGUCUUCUAUUUGCAUUUGCCUUGCAUCCAGGUAUAAAUGUAGAUGCAAAACUAAUGUAACAUUUACAAUGGCAUAUUGGUGUCAUGAGGUCGUGGUCUGGUGGAAACAUCACUGGACUGUGGAUCACAUGGUGCAUGGUUUGAGUGCUGCAGCGGCACUAACAUCUUUUGAUAUUAAUCAACAUUUGCCACAUUCUACCCAGGUGAGGUAAAUGGGUAGAAUUUGUAAGAGAUUCCUUGAAUGUUUGAGCGCCUUUUCAUGGUAGCAUGGGUAAAGCCAGGGUAACAAUAUGAUUGCAGAGCCCUCAGGGACUACACAGUAUUAAUACUGAAGAGGCUACCCUGAGUAAACAGGACAUAUUAUUAUCAUUAUUAUUAUUAUCGGAUACAGACACUAAUUCAAGGCUUAAGAAUAAAUUCAUGCAAGUUGAUUUUAAAUAUUAAGAUUUGUUACUUCUAAAGCAACUAUUAAAGUGCAUCUUAGAAAAAUCAAUAUUAUUAUAAUCUAUGGCUUAUAAGCUUUCCGUUGAUAUAUAAUUCAUCAUAUUUUAUUUUUCAGUUUGGAUAUGGUUUUUAAACACAAAAAUAUAAAUUGUCUUGAUUGUUGAUGAAGGAAUAUCAUCAUUUGGAAAAGAAGGGCAUUCAAGAAUAUAUGUGUUCAUCAUGUAUUUGGUCACAGGCGUAAGAAAAUGGUAAUAUGUGAACAUUCAUGCCCUCAAAAUGCUGAACAGUGUUCAACGGUGAUCAAGAAUGUAAAUGAUGUAACUCAAAAAGUAUGAAUAGCUUAUCGGUAUGUCUGUAUAGAUUUCUCAUAUGUUACUCAUAAUUUGUGCUAAAAUAAUCUAUUAAACUUGUUUUGAUAAAAAAGAA